UAGACAAGAACAAAUUGGGAAGAGCUUUCGGGCCGCCUGAUCUCUUGUCUGCUUUGCUAAAAGAUCAGAUUAAUGAAUGUAAUCAGAUUAAGGCUAAACAAGGGAACGUGUCUGGGGGGCAUCGCAACUCUGAUACUGAAAAACUGUAUGGAAAAUAAAUGCUGAGGGCCCAGCUUUGCUCUACUUGUUUAGCAGGAAGAGAUAACUGCUUUCAGGGAUGUGCUGAGUGCCAGUGAGAGGAGCACGGGCUCCAGAGGGCACAAGAGGAGGCUGCAGACUUCAGGCAGGUGGCAGUGACCGGGGCAUACAGGCUCACCAUUCUGCAUGGUGAGUGGUUCAGGGCCUCUUUGGGCACAGUAUAGUGUAGCAAUUAAAUGAAUGGAGAACUGCAGGGAGCUAGCAGGACAAGCAUGAAUGAAUGGGAAGAUAAUGUGAGACGUGGAAGCAUCUCGUUGCAGGGCUGGGUGGCACGGGUUGGCCUGCAGACUCUGCAGGUUGAUGCAGCUUUGCAGUCAGCUGCUCUGUGAGGUUGCGGAAAUGUCACACGUGAACUUUCCAUAGGCUCCAUCUGCAUGAUAAAAGCAUGUGUGGGGCUUUCCGCAGAGCUCUGGAGCUGGCUUGUCCUGGAGUGAGAACAGAAAAGCUGCUGUCCCCAUGUGCCCCUGCUCUGCAGGGAUUAGGGACGGCAGAGCCAGGCUGGGGCUGGAGGCAGCUCUGUGGGCACCUACCUGCUCUUGGGUUCUGCUCCUGGGCUGGCCAAAAGAAUUGUGGCUCCACUUCCAGCUGCUGUCCCCUUCCUGGGCUGAGCAGGAGAAGGAUGGCCUAUGCAGAAGAGGACAGAAACAGCUAUGAGGUGUACAAGGAAACAGCAGACUGGUUGCGUGCCCGCACUGCUCAGUGCCCAAAGAUUGCCAUCAUCUGUGGAUCCGGGCUGGGAGACCUGGCAGAUAUGCUGGAGCACAAGACGGUCUUUCCCUAUGAGGAUAUCCCCCACUUCCCACGGAGCACAGUGUCAGGGCACGUGGGCAGGCUGGUGUUUGGGGAGCUGAGCGGGCGGCCGUGUGUCUGCAUGCAGGGACGCUUCCACUUCUACGAGGGAUACUCCAUCAGUACGGUCACCUUUCCCAUCAGGGUCUUCUUUCUCCUGGGGGUGGAGAUCUUGAUUGUCACCAAUGCUGCUGGGGGGCUGAACCCCCACUUCCAGGUGGGGGACAUCAUGCUCAUUAGAGAUCACAUCAGCAUGUUUGGCAUGGGAGGGCAGAACCCGCUGCGUGGACCCAAUGACGAAAGGUUCGGCGUGAGGUUCCCCUGCAUGUCUGAUGCCUAUGACCAAGAUCUGCUCAGCCUGGCCAUGGAGAGUGCGCAGGAGCUGGGCUUCUUGGGCUUCACCCGAGAUGGGGUGUACUGCAUGAUGGGGGGUCCCUGCUACGAGACCAUCGCAGAGUGCCGCCUGCUGCAGGCCCUGGGAGCAGAUGCUGUAGGUAUGAGCACCGUACCAGAGGUGAUUGUGGCCCGUCACUGUGGCCUGUGUGUCCUCGGGCUGUCCCUCAUCACCAACACAGCAGUGAUGAGCUAUGGCAGCCAGGAGAAGGCCAGCCACGAGGAUGUACUGCGCGUCUCAGCGUGCCAAGCCAAAGCCCUGCAGAAGUUGGUUGUGCACCUCAUCGGCAAGCUUGGCCCAAACUCCCCCUGACCUCAACCAUUUAGCAUCCAAAUCACAGCAUGUGGAUGCUAAGAUGCGUCAAGAGAGAGCCCUUGGUGAGAAGAUCCCAUUCUGGUGUUCCAGUUUGGAACAGAUUGUUGGUGUCUCUUUCUGGUUGGAAAUGGUCCCACUCUGAUGUUGGAGAUGGUUGAGCUUUGUCUCUGUGCUUUAGCUAGGUGGAUGCUGAGGUUUGCUUUGAAUCUUGCCACAAUGAUCCCCUUUUUCUAGCCAGCUCCUUGGUUGGCCUGUGGAAAGACUGAGCUUUCCAUGAAGAAAUGGAGCCUAAGACACAGCAGGAGCCACCGUGCUCUCUUUACCAGCAUGCAGAUGGGCUACAGGGGGAGGGCAACCGUUCCCUGUAUCAAUGCAUUAUUCAUUAUUCCCCAAAGGUCGGGCUGCAGCUGAGUGUGAAGCAGGAGCUGUAAUUACGAGGUGACUUUUUACAUCCAUUUAUCUUGGAGCUCUGCAUUGAGCCCACCGCUGUCACAGCUGAGUGCUCUCCAGUGACGCAUGUUGAACCCAGGAACCCAGCUCAUCACAGAAAGCUUCCAACCUGCCUUCCUAAAUUGAGUGGAUCAAUUGCGUGCCAGCACUCCAUGCAGGCUUCAGCCCAUUGUGACAUCCCUUUGGCUUGGGCUGUGGAAGGCUGCUGUGGCUCAAUGGGUUUGUCUGGGUGGGUAUUUGGAGCCCCUCUGUGUUGGUGCCAAGGGCUGAUGCUGUGGUGGGAGUGAUGCAGAUGUUGACAGCAGCAGAAUCAUCGGGUGGUUCGAGUUGGGUUAAAGGCUGUUUGUUUGUUUGCACUGAGCAGGGACACCCACAGCUCCAUCAGUGCUCAGGGCUCUGUUCACUGACCUUGGCUGUGUGCAGGGAUGGGGCACCACCAGCUCUCAGAGCAGCCAACUUUCCCCUCUCUCUUCUCAGCCCCAUCCCGGUCCAUGCUUGUUUUGCUACAGGGCAGAGGGAGGUCGUUUAAUAUCCCCCUGCCUGGAAAACGGUGCUUCACAUUCAUCUAAUUAAUACUUGGUAAAUACAAAACCUCUUGAGUGCACGCAGAAGGCAGCUGUGUGGUUGGCCGUAGCUAAGGCUGGGAUUUCAGGUGGCCUCGUUAAUUAAGCAGCAUCGGGCUGGGCUACAGUGUGCCUCCAAACAGCACAUCUCGGAGAGAUGGGGGCCUGGGCUCCUCCUGCACCAUCAGCCCUCCCUGAGGGGCAGGUGAUGGGCUCCAAUGGUGGCUGUAUCUCUGCCCAUUGACCUGUACUUAUGACCACUCCAGGUCCCACAGUGCCACAUCCCCACAGCAAUGGGGCCAAACCUCUGAGCCCCCAAACUCACUCCCCAAAGCCUCAUCCCCUCAUUCUCCUUUGC